AUGUCUGGAGCUGAGGACACGAGCCCUAACGAGCCCCAUCCACAGUGGAAGCCCGAGUACAAGCGAGAUCAUGUGUAUCUCCACGUAAUACCACGUGACCGAGCCAAGGGAGCACUCAACAUUUCACCCUUUGCAAUCAAACUUGAGUUUUGGCUGAGAAUAAACAAGAUACCAUUUGAGACGAUAGACAGUGAGCAGUUUUCCAGCAAGAAGCAAAGUCCGUUUAUCCUGUUUAACGGAGAAGAGAUCCCGGAUAGUAACUUCAUUGUGGAAUUUCUGUGUAAGAAGUUUAAAAAAGAUCCCUACCCGGGCCUUGGACCCAUUGAGCGAGCUACCUCAAGGGCCUUCCUGAAGAUGACCGAAGAAAAUAUGACCUGGCCGAUAUUCGUCUACCGGUAUGUGGAACACACAGACGAAUACGCGGACUAUUUCUUCCCAACCGUUCCACGAGAACAACGAUUAAAAAUCCUGGAGACGCUUACUGAUUGGGUGGGUAAGCGGGCGUAUGGACACGGUAUCGGGCGCCAUGCGAGUGCCGACAUACAGAAAAUCGGGUGUGAUGACAUUCAGGCCAUAUCCGACUAUCUAGCUGAUAAAAACUUUAUCAUGGGCGAUACACCGUCACUGGUGGACUGUAGCGUAUUUGGUGUGCUGUCCCAGGUUGCCUACGUUCCAAUGAAGUACCCGAUGAGGAUUUAUUUAUUCGACAAAUGCCCGAAUAUUAUUCGAUUCCUUAACCGGAUGAGGGACAACUAUUGGCCUGAAUGGCCUAGACUUGAGGAAUCAAAAACUGAAUGA